AGCAACGAGAGCACAUAAACUGUCCAGAGGUUCACAUUGAUCCAUGGUAUAUCGCUUGUCUUGCAAAAACUAAAUUCUUGAAAAAAAAAAAAGCCUAGACAGAAUCCAUGGCUGCUGCGAACAAAGUGAGUUUGAAACUUAUGAUAGACACAGAAAACUGCAGGGUGCUUUAUGCUGAAGCGGGCAAAGAAUUCGUGGAUUUUCUCUUAAACAUUCUCACCCUGCCGAUCGGGACUUUCAUUCCGCUUCUGAAUCGAGAAAUGGUGGGCGGCUUGGGAAACAUUUACGAGAGCAUUGAAAAUUUAAGUACUACUUACCUUCAACCAAACUUGAACAAAGACACUCUCCUCAAGUACAAAGUACACAUCUCUGGUGGUACUAGAGUCCCUCUGGAAUUGCCGAACGUUACAACGUCAACAACAUCCAGGAUAUUGUAUUGCUGUUAUCGUAACAACUGCAACAGGGUGUCCCACUCCAAUAAUUACAGCCGUUGCUCGUGCGGAUUUGACCUUUACGAGUUAAGUUAUCGAGGCCCAUCAAGGCCAAAGGAUCCGUACUUCACGAAUGAGACUGAGAGUGAGGGAGGGUACGUGGAAGAGGCGGUCACAUACAUGGUGAUGGAUGAUCUGGCGGUGAAACCAUUUUCCACAGAUUCUAUUAUCACUCUUCUUGACAAGCUUAAUGUCAAGGAAAUAGGAACUCUUUCAGAGAAAGUGGUCGAUUUGGGCGUCGAUGAGGUUGUGAAACUGCUAAGAGCUUCACUAUUGACGAAGAGUGUCCUUACUGAUGUCUUCCUCCCGUCGUUGAUACAAGAAGUCAAUUGCCAAGAAAAUGCUGCAGCAAAAUGAUGUUUCCAUUUCUAGGUGAACAAUUCUGUGAGAUUGCCAAGAUGUUUUGUUUUGUUGUUGUUAAUAUGUUUUAAAUGCUAGUAAAAUAUGGUGUGGCAAUGUAAAAAGGGCAAUAUGCAUGCUUGCCCUUCUUUCUCUUUCUUUUUUGGGAGUUUAGUUAGGCAGCAUUAAUAUGUUAUAUCAAAAAGAGAUGACAAUAUGUAAGUUUUCUUAAUUAUCAUAUGUUAUGCUUUG